CGAUGAAUCAAGUUCACUUUUUGACAGCUAUCAGUGGUUUGUUUACAUAUCUAUUAGGUUUUGCACGAACAUGACAUAACCUCACAAAAAUGAACAGAAUGAACUUUUUUUGACAGUCGACGUGUACUUGUUUACAGUUUAAAAUUUCAUCAGAACUUCAUCGUUCGAAUGUAAAAAUUGCAAGUCGCCUCACACUCAACAGAUUCAUACAUAAAUCGCUCCUUGAUGCUGGAAACACACACAGGGCAAUCUUUUUAGUUAUUUUCACUGUGGAAUACGUUUUUAACAGGCACUUUUUCGUCAUUUUUUCAAUUUUUAACUUGCAGUCGCAAAACAAAACAAGUACACGGCAACUGUCAAAGAUGAACUUGAUUCAUCGGCAGUUCAUUUGUGUCGUCAUCGUGCAAAACCUAAUUAACACGUAUUCAAAUUAGAAUGAACGCAAUAAACACAUAAACAAACCACUGAUAGCUGUCAAAGUUUAUUCAUUUUGUUCAUUUUUGUGAGGUUAUGUUAUGUUCGUGCAAAACCUAAUUAGUACCCGGGCAUCCGGUACUAUAUUGUGGAACUGAACUUCACCUUUUAUUUCGACAGACUUUGCUGCCAUUUCGUAAGAUUACAAUCUCUUGGUUGUACAUCAAUUUAAUUGGCUUUAAACAUUCUUCUAGGUUGGUGUUUUAUGAGACCAGUAUCCUAAAUCUCUUGAAUAUUCGACCAAAUGCGGUGUUGUCGCACCUUUUCAUUUCAAUUCUUUACCAUGAAAGCACCUCUGUCAUGUCGCUGUGCGUCACCUUUGUACGGGGAUGUCCAAUAUACCAAACUCUUUACUGCUAUUUUUAAAAUAAAUUGUACAUCGCCUGUAAAAUAAAAAGAUACGGGACCACCACUACCAGUCACUGUCAUCAUUCCAACAAUUUAUUAUGAGCGCGCAAAUAUUAAACAAACAGUUCUUCGCCGAGCAUCAUUUCUCAUUAAUAGCUGCUCGUUUUUCGAUUCAGUCUCUCUUGGCAUAGGUUUCCCCAAAGAAGAAAUCGUCGACCAACGGGUUUGGUUUUUUCUCUCGUUGCCCACAGUUCCACGGAUCACUCGAGCGGUUUUCACCGGAUUCGCUGAAAAUCCCCCCUCCCGAGCUCCAAACUAUGUAGCCAGAAAACAAUUAAUAUCGCACACAAUCCUCUGUCGGAUUCGAAUACCUGUGUAUAGAAUUAAAGCGAAAAGAAUAAGUGGAAGAUAAAUCAUUUCGACGGAUGGGUAAAUCUUAUCGCGGAACUUUUGUGAUAAAUGAGAUGAGUUUCUUUCACCAACGCUCGAAAAAAAAAUGUUCAGAAAAACUUAAACCUACGACAUCGGCUCAAUACUUUCUAGUGCAUCGUUCAUUGAGUGUUUAUCGCAAUUUCAAUGAAUGACCACGUUGGCCGGAUGGCCAACAGUCGCUAGUAUUUUUUUGUGAACGUUCAACUUUCAACACACCGCACCCGCGAGAGCGAUUCGCGCCACAGCGUCGUUGAGAGAGCCACCAACUUACUUACGAGGCGAUUGAGCGCCGGCGCAGUGUACGGUUUCUCACCAGACAAUGCAUUUACAUCCGAGCUGUUCACAAUCGAAUCUGUGCCUGAACUCACCGUACUACAAACAAUUCAACAAACCGCCUGGUUGUUCCGGGACUGGGACGUCUGCCAGUGCUGCUGCCCACAAGCAGUCAUUCGCUGGUGCAGCAGGCGGUGCGACGAACUUCAACGGCGUUACCUCGUCCGGGGCCAACGCAACCGGAAGCGGAAGUGGACCGAACUACCCCAACGAUACGACUAGACGAUCCGGUAUAAGCACCAUGUCCCAGUCUGGAGACGAAUUUAGUUCACCGAACUACCUGUCGUGGCGGAAGUUGCAACUUAGUAGGGCCAAACUGAAAGCAUCGAGCAAAACAUCAGCGCUGCUGUCCGGGUUUGCCAUGGUCGCCAUGGUUGAAGUUCAGCUCGACGAGAACACUACCGUCCCACCGAGCAUGCUGAUAACGUUCGCCGUCUGCACCACGCUGCUGGUGGCAGUCCACAUGUUGGCCCUCAUGAUCAGCACCUGCAUCCUACCGAACAUCGAAACCGUAUGCAAUCUGCAUAGUAUUUCCCUGGUCAACGAAUCGCCUCACGAGCGACUCCAUUGGUACAUCGAAACGGCUUGGGCCUUCUCGACGCUGCUCGGGCUGAUACUGUUUCUGCUGGAAAUUGCCAUCCUGUGCUGGGUGAAGUUUUACGACCUCAACACAACUGCGGCCUGGUCUGCGUGUAUCGUCCUCAUCCCAGUACUGAUAAUUUUCGUGGCAUUUGCCCUGCACUUCUAUCGGUCACUGGUUACCCACCGGUACGAAGUGACAGCGUCCGGCAUCCGAGAGCUGGAGAUGCUGAAAGAGCAGAUGGAACAGGACCAUCUGGAUCCACACCAUCAUCACGGGCCACCGUAUCAAUCGGUGCAAAUUGUUUGACCGGAUGUCGGCAUUCUUCACCGGAUGCGAUCGAAGCACGUGUGAAUCUGUGAUUGUGCUUUCUGCCUGAACUGUUACUGUUUCUCUGUUGGUUAGUUCCGCUGUCGCUAUUUUUUUUAGUUUUACACAGUAACAUUACAGAUCUGAAAGCUGCGAAAAGCAAAAAAGAAAAAUGAGAAUAUGUCCGUUUCCCUCCUUUGCGUUGAUCUUUCUUUUUACGUAAAAUGUUAAUAAGCGCUUAUUUGAAAUGAACGAAAGACAGCUCUAGCUAGUUUGUUAAAUACAACAUUUUUAUUUUUGUGAUUCACCGAAGCAAAACAAAGUGAUGCUAACGUUUUGAUACUUAUUUCUGUAAGAUGAGCCUAUGUAGCUCAUUUGGGUAUCUUGUUUUACCAGAACGAUCGUCAUAGCCAGUUGUAAAAUAUUUUUUUCUAAUUGCUCUUUUAGAGUUAAGUAUAAUAUUAUUCAAAGUUAACAACAA